UGAUGCCCCGGUCUGCCUCUUCCAACAGAGAGCGGUGCGUGUGGAUGUGAGCGCCUCCGACCUGUCUCUACUUCCAGAUCGAAGAUGGCGGUCUCGGUGUUCCCAGGCGUGCGGCUCCUCUCCAUUGGAGACGCGAAUGGAGACAUACAGCGACACUCAGAGCAGCAGCCCUUGCGGUUAGAGGUGAAAACCUCACAGGACGCUGCCCUAAUCAAUCUCUCCAAUGGAGAGGAGGCGAGUGUGUUCAAGUGUUCGGUUUCCAGGGAUACGGAGUGCAGCCGCGUGGGGAAGCAGUCAUUCAUCAUCACACUGGGCUGCAACAGCGUCCUGCUGCAGUUCUCAUCACCUGCAGACUUUCAGUCCUUUUAUAACCUCCUGAAGAACUGUCGUGGACAUCUUAAUGAGCACUCGGUCUUCAGCGAGAGGACAGAGGAGUCCUCUGCUGUACAGUAUUUCCAGUUUUAUGGCUACCUCUCCCAGCAACAAAACAUGAUGCAGGACUACGUUCGGACAGGGACUUACCAACGCGCUAUUCUCCAGAACCACACUGACUUCAAGGACAAGGUGGUACUGGAUGUGGGUUGUGGCUCGGGGAUCCUCUCUUUCUUUGCAGCCCAAGCUGGAGCCAGGAAGGUCUACGCUGUGGAGGCCAGUACCAUGGCGCAGCACGCCGAGGUGCUGGUAAACAGUAACCGUCUAGGGGAGCGUGUAGUUGUCAUCCCAGGGAAAGUGGAGGAGGUGACGCUGCCUGAGCAGGUUGACAUUAUCAUCUCGGAGCCCAUGGGCUACAUGCUGUUCAACGAGCGCAUGCUGGAGAGCUACCUGCACGCCAAGAAGUUCCUCAAACCCAACGGUAAAAUGUUCCCCACUAUCGGAGACGUCCACCUGGCCCCCUUCACAGACGAGCAGCUCUACAUGGAGCAGUUCACCAAGGCCAACUUCUGGUAUCAGCCCUCCUUCCAUGGCGUGGACCUCUCUGCCCUACGGGGGGCAGCAGUGGACGAGUAUUUCCGUCAGCCAAUUGUGGACACUUUUGAUAUCCGUAUUCUGAUGGCCAAGUCGGUCAAACACACAGUGAACUUCCUGGAGGCCAAAGAAGAGGAUCUUUACAGGAUAGAGAUUCCCUUUAAGUUCCACAUGAUGCAUUCGGGCCUGGUGCACGGCUUGGCUUUCUGGUUUGACGUGGCGUUUAUGGGAUCAGUGAUGACGGUAUGGCUGUCCACGGCGCCCACAGAGCCUCUCACCCACUGGUACCAGGUGCGCUGUCUGCUGCAGUCUCCCCUCUUCACCAAGGCCGGGGACACGCUGUCUGGCACUGCAGUGCUGGUGGCCAACAAGAGACAAAGCUACGACAUCAGUAUUGUUGCCCAGGUGGACCAGACGGGGUCAAAGUCCAGCAAUCUCCUGGACUUGAAGAACCCCUUUUUCAGGUACACAGGCACCACCCCCAACCCCCCUCCUGGCUCACACUACACUUCCCCAUCUGAGAAUAUGUGGAACACGGGGGCCUACAGCAUGAGUCAGGGGAUGGCUGUAUCAGGGAUGCCUGCAGCUUAUGACCUCAGCACAGUCAUAGGCAGCGGUCCGUCAGUGUCUCACAACAACCUCAUCCCCCUGGUGAACACAGGGAUUGUAAACCACACCCACUCCAGGAUGGGCUCCAUAAUGAGCACAGGAAUUGUCCAGGGAGCCACCACCGGCCAGUCGGGUCCCAGCAGCAGCGGUACUUACUAUCCCGUCACCAACCAGUUCACCAUGGGGGGUGCAGCCAUCUCCAUGGCCUCACCGAUGGUCAUCCCCAGCAACACCAUGCAUUAUGGCAGUUAAGAUGAAGACCUCGCAAAGACCUAUUUGACCUCCCAAGCCCCCGCAUGACAAGAGAUCCCCCCACCCCCCCACCCCGAACCCUUUCGCCCUAACCCCCCCCAGCCCCGACCGACUCACUCAACUGCAGCCAAAACCAGUAUACCAAAACCAGUGCCGCGCCGGCGCUCCCCUUCCCCUCGUCCGUCGCCCUCUUUCUACUCUGUGCAGCCCAUCGCCCGACGAACGGUCGAAAACGCUCUCGCAUCCGUCCAGACUCUUGUCUCGCCGAAAGCCGGUGAAAGCCCCCGUGAACCCCCUCCCCCUCGGAUUCAUCGGGACCGCGCCACACCCGAGACGCACAGCAGUCGUCGCCCCCCCCACCUCCCCUGGGUGUCUACCCUCCUUCGUUAACAUGUAUCUCAAUCCCUCCACUCUCUUUUUCUUUUUUUUUCUUUUUUCUUUUUAAGUGUCAUGACCCCUCCAAGUGUUUGUCCUUUCCUAAGACUCAGCUCUUUGCCAGAUACCAGCAUCGGUCCAUUCCUGCAAUCCUCCACACCUCCUUACCAGACGGACACUGAAGCUUUACAUUUGUACAGAAGGACACUAUUAUUAUCAUCGUCGUCGUCGUCAUCAUCAUCAGCGCUCUCGCCCGAGCUGUCUCCUUCGUUUUUCAUAUCGCAUCCAGUCCUCUGCGCUUCUCUCAAGAGACAGACUCACGCCAGACAAAACAUCUUCCAAUCACAAAAAAAAAAAACACACACACACACACUUCACCAACUUACUUCUAGUUGGUGUGCUCAUGCGCUCUGGUUUUUAGGCGAGGGAGGAUAUAUCAGCGAAUCAAAACAUGGCUAAGGAGCACGUGGAAACUGUGCUUUCUUAAACGACACGGACAAACGCAUCCUCUCCUCUUCUGCCCGUCGGCUGACGUGUGGCGUCGCUGUAUUCCGCUAGAGUUCACGCAAACUUACGUUUUGGGGAGAGCGGCACAGGCGGGGUCACCUUCUAUGCUGAGCGGUGAGACAAACGGGGCACCACACGGCGACCUGCCCGGCAACAGAGGGGCCGUUGGGCUCCGGUGGGUUUUGAUGGUGGCUGCUCCUCUGCGUAAUCAUCGAGCGACGGUCGCGCGAAGCUUUACGUCGUCUGCCUUUUUAAAGUUGCUUGAAUUUAUAUUUCUGUGGAAAUCAAUCUGGAAAAACAAAGCCGGUUGUGUCACCUCGUAGAGUCGUUAAGCCGACAUAUUCCUUCCUGUAGUGCGGUGUUUUAGCUACCGAACACUCAAGACGUUCACCAGGUAGUCGCUUACUUUGUUUGUUGCUGCAAAACCGGUAGAGCGCAGAGGGUUUAUCCGAGCCUAUUUACUAAGAUCACUGCCUGCUGGGAAAAAAAAACAUCCAAACAAACAAAACCCCAUAGCCAUGAAGGGAAUUCAUAUGUACAAUGGUAGGGUGCAGCAUCUGCAUGCAUCAUUUAACGAGCAACAUCCAAAGAGAACCAACAAAACAAUUAGAGUUGCUUGUUCUUGUCUAAAGUUCACGUCCUGUUUGCCAGUUUUAGCUCACACGUUGAUAUCGGUAACAAUUCAUGUGUCUUUUAAUCUGAGUGUAACGGUGAACCAGUGUGUUUCCUGCAGCGUGAAGCUGCCGCAGGUUGCGAGCCUCUUACAUUUUACAUUAUUCUUAGAAUAGUUAAACCGACGAUAUUUAAAAGCUUCACCCUGACGUUGGCCAGUAAACGCUAAGUCACAUGCUGCUUCUUGACGCGUCCGCGAGAACUCUGGGGUUUUUUUUUUUUUGUCGUCGCUGGUCACCGGGUGGUGUGAAACGUAAACGGGGAUGGGCGAUCGAAAGAUCUACUGGGGGCUUACGAGCGUCCUCGUGUCCCCGAUACUCAGCAUCGAAGGAGACCGGCGCCAUCCGCCAAAAACCCUCCGAAGCCCGAGCCCCUCGGCCCCGCCGACCUGAAACACGCCCCCUGCUGCUCCCGUUGCUCGUUCUCUUCACCCGGAACAUGUUCCUACCUGAGAGGACAUCGCAGCAGCUUCUCUCCAGCCAGCCGUUACGCCGGGGCCAGAUUGCUCCAACGCAGUUGGAGGAGGAAGAUUUGGAGAGCGAAACCAGUAAGGACCAAUGACCCAGGAGGCAGCCAGCUGGCUGCAGGAAAAGGGGGGAAGCUGUGCUGGAUCGGCAGCGUCCUAGUUUACAUCCUCGCUUUUCCUCCCCUCGCUUCUACUCCCAACCUCCUUUAAGACUGUGAGACUGUCACAAAAAAAGACUUCGAUGUCGAGGCGCGUCCUCCCGCCUCCUCGUCCGUUCACUAUGUAUGACCUCCAACAUAUCAUCGCCCCCCCAAACGGACCCGACGCCCUCGUCCCGUUUUAUCAGUCAAGGAAUGAAAGACUGACACAUUUAUGCAUUGCUUCCAGUGUCACAACUAUUGGAAUUUAUGAGUUAGGGAGUUUUAAGAGUUGAGGAAAAAUGUCUCUUUGUAGGAUUAACCUUUUUUUUUUGUUGUCUUUAUUAUUAUUUUUUUUUCUUUCACAAAAAAAAACAACAACAAACAAUUAAAAAAAAAAAAAAAAAGAGAGCAAAUUAAAUGUGGUGGAGAUGUUCCAAAAACCUAUCCUGGAAUCAGGUGUUGGAGUAUUUUAAUUUGUUCCCUCUAGUGUGUUACGUAGGCUGUGGACACGCCAGAUGUUUCCCAUGUGGUAGCGAGCCUUUAGUCGUCGUCGUGUCCCCCCCACCCCCCACCCCCCACUCCCCCUUUUUGUCAUAGAACCGUUGCUCUGUGUAGUCGAAUAGUGGCAUCCACGCUGAUCAUGGAAAAGUGUUUGAGGAAGACUGUGUGUCGUGUUCUGUCAUUUCUGUGUGCUGACCAACCAGUAAUAACACCUUUCUCACUUGUCUCA